CUAAUUUGCAACAUAAACUGAGGCAAGCAUGGACAUCCUAAUGAAAGAAGACCUCACAGUUAGUGACAACACGAGUCACAGAGCAGACCAAGGCGUUGUGGCCGGAAGUAAAAGUCAAGUUCUGAACCAGAGUGACCCGCUGGACAUGUUCAUUGGCAUGGAGCUUUUGCUUCAUUUCAAACCUCUCUUCAUGCCUCUCUACUGCCUCGUGGUGGUCAUAGCUGGCGUGGGCAACUCCUUCCUGUUGACUUGCAUCCUGCUGGACAAGAAGCUCCACAACGCCACAAACUUUUUCAUCGGUAAUUUGGCCGCUGGAGACCUGCUGAUGUGUUUGAGCUGCGUGCCGCUGACAAUGUCCUAUGCCUUCGACAGCCAAGGCUGGGCUUUUGGGAGCCCCUUGUGUCACCUGGUGCCCCUGGUGCAAUGCGCCACUGUGUUUGCAUCAGUGCUUUCCCUCACAGCCAUCGCGGUGGACCGAUAUGUUGUCCUUGCUCACCCGGUCCGUAGGCGGAUUUCUUUGUGGGGUUGCGGUGCAGUGACCCUGGCCAUAUGGCUUUUAUCCCUUGCGCUGGCCGCUCCGCCGUCCUUCUACACGCAUUACUUUGACCUACGGCCCAGCGGCGUGGACCUGGUGGUCUGCGAAGAAUUCUGGCCGGAAAGCGGCAACCUGCGACUGCUUUACUCCUGCUUCAUCCUCAUCACCUCCUACAUGAUCCCGCUGCUGUCCGUGAGCAUCUCGUACUGCGCCAUCGGCGUCAGCCUCAAGCGCUAUUCUGUGCCCGGGGAGCAGACGAGCAGGAUGCGGCACUGGAAGCAAAAGCGGAGGAAGACCUUCUCUCUGUUGAUGGCGUCAGUGCUGGCAUUUGCUCUGUGCUGGCUCCCUUUGCAGGUCCUGAACCUUUUGUUGGACCUGGACCCAGACUGCGACAUCAUCAGCAAGCGCUACAUCAACGUCUUACAAGUGUGCUGUCAUUUAGUGGCGAUGAGCUCGGCGUGCUACAACCCCUUUAUCUACGCCUCGCUGCACAGCAAGGUACGCAAGCACCUGAGGGGCUACCUGUGCUCCAACAACCAAAGGACAGCUCAGAGGUCCUUGUCCAGAAUCUGA